GCAACACUGAUUGUUUAUUGAAUAUUUAGUUAGGUAUUGUGUAUUAAAAUAAGAAUAAAUGUAUCUAUUUCUCAACAUUGUUAACUAUGAUAACGAUUUGUAGCUAUACAAUAUACGAUAAACAAAACCUCAAAGUUUUGUAAUACAGUGCGUGAAUUCUGUAAAAAUGUGUUGUCUAAAUUAAGCUUUUGUUAUACUUGUCAAUCAAUCAAUUAAUCAGAAGUCAAGAUGACCGACUAUCAUAUUAGGGAGGCAGCCGAGUCGUUACUCAGUACUGUGUCCAACCCAAAUUAUAGGACUAUAUCACAUUCACAAUCAUUAAAUCUCGUGUCUGAGGAUCUAGUCGCCGGACACAGGCCACAUGGGAAGAUGUCGACCGUACGGAGGUUUUUCUGUCUCUUCGUCACAUUCGAUAUACUUUUCACUAGUCUAAUGUGGCUCAUAUGUGUAAUGAUGCGAGGAGAGACAUUAGAACAAAUAUUUAACCGUGAAAUAGUGCAUUAUGAUGUGAAGACCUCACUAUUUGAUAUAGUCAUGGUGGCAGUGAGCAGAUUCGUUGUGCUGCUAUUGUUUUACGCCUUAUUGUACAUAAAUAAUUGGAGUGUUAUAGCUCUCUCAACUGGUGGAACGUGUGCCUUUUUGAUAGCCAAGGUUUUCGUCUUUGAUUGGCCAAAUGCAUCGCAGCCUGUGUACCAGGUCUUCUUGAUCCUCACAUCCUUCACUAUUGCGUGGGGUGAAGCAUGGUUCCUGGACUUUCGGGUGCUGCCGCAGGAAUUGCAAGCGAAACAGAUACUGGAGUCCAUUGUGCACCAAGGGACGGAACGAAUGCCCCUGCUGCACCCCGGGCGACCGCCCGGCGUGCUGUCCACCCAGGGGGAGUCCACAGUGAACUGGUUCUCACCGGUCGAGACUCCGGAGGGCAGUCCUCGGCCGAAGAGGCCUGGCGAGCAAAUUAUACUGACCCAGGAUCAGAUAGAUGAGUACAAGGCGCUAGCUGAGGAGAGCAUGUCGAACGCAUGGCGGGUCAUCCACAUGCCCAACUGGACGGUGGAGAAACGGAAUAAAGGUGACGUGGUGGAGUCCAAGCGGACCGAGGAAUUCGGCAAGGUGUACAGGUUCACGGGCAUAGUGGAGUGUCCACCGUACUUCCUUUACGAAGAAUUCCGUGACCAUAUACACAAACUGCCGGAAUGGAACCCGACCAUUUUGAAGAGCGAAGUCAUUAAGGAAAUAGCACCAGGCAUCGAUCUGUCUUACCAGGUGACGGCUGGCGGUGGUGGCGGCAUGAUCACGCCCCGGGACUUUGUGAUCUUGAGGCGGGCAGCGCCCCUCUCUCGGGACGGCCGGAUCGUAGACCAGGACCCGUACUGCUACAUCAGCAGUGGAGUCAGCGUCCAAGUGCCUGGGUACCCGCCCCAGCGGAAUCUUGUCAGGGGCCACAAUAAAGUGGGCUGUUGGUACAUGAGGCCGCUGAACGUGAAGACCAGCGGUGGGAAGAUAGAAAAGCACACCACAUUCCAGUGGCUCAUGUGUUGCGAUCUCAAAGGUAAAAUACCACUGUUCGUGCUUGACACCGCGUUCGCAUCAGUAAUGUGUGACUACAUAGUCCACGUUCGGAAGUACGCGGCCGCCGCGAGGGCACAAGGAAAGUUCGAGGAACGGAGUCUGAUGUAAGAUGUACCUACACAGACCCAAAUGGGCACAAUGACCAUUCGACGGGUAACCACCAAAAACUCCUAAGAGAACGUUCAAGUAGGAGGUAACGCAAUUUUUUUAAGUUUUUUACCUUCCCCCCCCCCCCCCACCCUUUCAGGAAGAUUUUCUGUGACCCCACUUCCCCAUUCUAAUCUAAUCUAAUGUGAUCUAAAAGUCACAAUAACGAAUACUGUCAACGAAAACAAAAUGUAAAUUACGUACAAUCCAGUAAAACAUAAACGAAAAAUGUUGCCAACUUGACAGAUUUUAUUUGCCUAGCUUUGUAUUUGAAUCCUUUUUCCCCAAUUAGCAACUUUCCCAAUAAAAAAUGUUUUUAUUGAAAUUGUUUCAAAUGAGUUGCUUAUAUAGAGCGUUCACUGUUAUAAUAUUGGAUUAUUCGUGUCAGUUACAUGUUUUUGGUGGUUGGCCAUCGUCUUGUUCUACGUACACACAAGGUCCGUUAUAUUUGUUUUAAAAUGUAUUAUUUAAUUUUUAAGAGGACGAUUCUAUGCUAGGAAAUGCAAAUUCGCCAUUUUUUCUUUUUUUUUUUUGGUAUUUUGUUUACUUUUUUAUAGAUUUUUAUUUUUAGCUUUUAACCGACUUCAAAAAAGGAAGUUCUUUGUUUUUUUUUCAUAUUGUUUAUUAUUACAAUUUUUAUUUGUUUUAAUGCAUUUAUGUACAUAAUAUAGAGAUGUUACAAUGUUACUAUGAAUAGUAAGUACGUAACUGUAUUUAUUAUUUUAUAUAUGGUGCAAUAAAGUGUAAAAUAUAUAAAUAGUAAUUAUUCUUUUCUCAAACAUGCUUGGAAAUGUGAGCAUUAUUUUUACAAUCUUCUUGGAGAUAAAUCAAAAUUGUCGUACUGGCCAGAUACAUGCGGGCAGCGGCCGGCAAAAGUUGUAUGAAAAUCUAUAUCUGUCGUGUUUUGCGGCCAGAUAAAUUACUAUGUAAACUCAUAUCUGUCCUGUAAUUUAAAAAUGGAAUGACAUUUUACUUCAGAACAUGGCUACCAAGGAGGUAACUAAUAAAAAGUUUUAUUUAAAUUUCGAAGUGGUUUGCAAAUAGAAAGCUGUUUAUUGAAAAAUAAACAAAAGAACAAUAUGAUACGUGAUAAAUUAUUAUUGUUCGUUAUUCGUCAUUGAACUUAAAAAGUAAAAUUGUGUUUUUGAUUUCCGCGCAUUGUUUGAGAAAAGUACUAUACAAGCCUUGGCCACAACUAGGCAUUGAUGGACUCACGUGUGUGUGCCUCGGCUACGCCUCGGCCCACAUUUGCACGUUCGUCCAUCAAUGCCUCAGUUGCUGGCCGCUGCAGUAAUGUACUAAUAUAAGUAUGUAUAUUUCUACAAACUGUAUUUAAAUGUACCUUUGAUAGUUAAUAUGAAUGUUGCCUUUCUUAGCAUAGUAGGUCCUGAAUAUAAUCUAUUCCAAUGUAACUUAAUAGAUAGAUAGAUAGACAUACAUAGGAACGCUAGCGCUUCUGCCUUGAGGAGGUGGGCGUUGACAGCCACGACACAGUUAUUUUUAACUAAUGUGGCUGUUAUCGUACACUACCCUACAAUUGUAAUUUUUUUAUGGUUCCAAUAAAUACAAAUACAAUACAAAUACAUAUAAAAAAGAAAUAAAAGAUAUAUAAAAAAAAAUAUUAGUUCCAGUUAGCACCAGCGAGGGAUGAUAGGUGAGGAUGAAACGGCAGAUCAGUUAGCCCAUCGUGAUGAAUAUACCUAGGAUUCAGCACGAUGGUUUCCAGGUGGGACCACGUGGAAGUCGACCUGACAGGGUAUAUUGCUAGCAAGGGGACUGCGUAGCAUUACUAACAAUCUACCCCCAAACCCAUGGAGUUUAUUUUAACAUAAAAAAAAAUCUAUUAAUCUUUUGUCUUUUAGUCGAAUCCAUUGUUCGUGAUUCACUGUUCAUCCCAAAGGUUGGCUGGUAGAGAAUGCUACAAGCAUUAAUACCGCCCUUUGUACCUUAUUUUAUUUCGGUCAAUAAAGUUAGAUAAAUAAAAUAAAUAAAUAAAUAAUAAGAUAUUGUUAGUUUGUUUACGUAUUUAUUAAGUUUCAUUGGAAUAGACUAUAUAUAUAUUUUUAUAAUUAUAGUUUGCUUUAUCCAAGCACAUCUUAUCACACAGGGAUAUUUUCAGAUAGCUCAAAAUCUAGACAGAUUGAAAAUAUAGGUGGAAAAUUAUUGGAUUUUUUAAUAUUUUAAUAUUGAUAUUUGACAAUUGUAGCUCGUCAUAUACGCAGUUUGUCAUAAUUGUAACACGUCAUGUAUGCAAUUUGUCAUGAUUGUAAAACGUCAUGUACGCAAUUUGUCAUAAUUACGAAUUGUCAUAUAGGCAGUUUGUCAUGAUUGCAACUCGUCAUAUAUGCAAUUUGUCAUAAUUGCAGAUUGUCAUAUACGCAGCUUGUCAUGACAUGUCAUGUAUGCAAUUUGCAACUUGUAACUUGUCAUGUAUGCAAUUUGUCAUAUACGCUAUUAUAUGUUAUCUCUACCUAGUUGUACCUUCUCAUUUUUUUUACUAAUUCGGUUGAAAAUUGUUUGAGAUUUAGAUUCCUUGUCCGUUCAUAGUUUGUUUUAAGAAAAGUAAGUGACCAAUUGCGUUUAUGACGAAAUACGUUUAUGACGAGCGACGUUUAUAACCGAUUGCGUUUAUGACGUGGCGACUUGGCGAGUGUAAUGUAAACCAACAUUAAGUUUGGCAAUACAAUAUCUGUUACAAACAUAAGCAUUUGAAAUUAGCAUUUAUAUAAAAUUUCUAUUGUUAAAAUGUUACGAACUAAGUAUGUUCUGUGAAUUAUACGUGCGUAUGACAGGUGAUAUUUUUAUAGGGUUUUUUUUU